UCCACGUAUCAGUGUUGGAACAUGUUCGUACAUAUGCGCGCGUGAAAACCGUAUUUGCAAUUGGUGUCAGUACUUCAAUGUAUACAUAUCACAAGCAUACACGUGUGCGUAUGCGUGACUUGUACAUAAAGUAAAAGUGACAAGUAGUGACGCGGUAUCACCAAGAAAAACAAUAAUGGAGGCGUGUAAUGCCGUUGAACGUGAAGUUGACAAAAUUUUAUUGAAAUUUGGAGUAGUAAACGAACAUGCAGAGACGGUAUUGCAAGAUCUGAUAAAUCAUAUUGAAUCUUUGAAGAAAGAAUUUGCAGAAGCACCACCUGAUCACGAGUUAACACCAGGUCAAGUGCAAGUGUUGAAAGAUGCUAUGAAAAAGGUUUGCGAAACUGUACAUCGUCUAACUACCGAACAUCGAGAAUUACACGGUUCAGUGUCAAAAGUGGGCAAAGCGAUCGACAGAAAUUUCACGGCUGAUUUUGCAAGUACCAGUAGGGAAGAUGUCUUCUCAGGUCCAGAAAAAACUCACCUCUUAAAUCAAGUAAUUUGUCAACAUUUCUAUCGUCACGGAAUGUUGGACAUUGCAGCCGAAUUAGCAGCCGAAGCUGGGAUUAAAACGGACGAAGGCACGAAAGAACCUUUCACAGAAUUGAAUUACAUACUUGACUGUUUAAAACAAAGGAACCUCGACCCUGCACUGGAAUGGGCUAAAAAACACAGAGAGGCACUUUUGGCACAAAAUUCUUCGCUGGAAUUUAAAUUGCACAGGUUACAUUUUAUAAGACUGAUUCAGCAAGGUCCCAGCAAGCAAACAGAAGCAAUAACAUACGCGCGACAAAAUCUUACGCAAUAUGUCGGACGUCACGGUAAAGAAGUGCAGGCGUUAAUGGGCACGCUACUCUAUUUGCCAAAUGGAAUACAAUCCUCUCCUUACAGUCAUUUAUUGGAUCCCACUUUAUGGCUCGAUAUUCACGACGUGUUCACGAGAGAGGCAUGCACGUUGUUCGGUUUAAGCGUGGACAGUCCUCUUUCAGUAUGCAUCAACGCCGGCUGUACCGCACUGCCAACACUUUUGAAUAUCAAGCAAGUAAUGCAACAGAGACAGGUGAAUACGGUUUGGAAUGGAAAAGACGAAUUGCCGAUUGAAAUAGAUCUGGGCAAGCAGGGUCGUUAUCAUUCCGUCUUCGCGUGCCCGAUUUUAAGGCAACAAAGUACCGAGAAUAAUCCACCGAUGAAGCUGGUUUGCGGUCACGUUAUCUCGAGGGACGCAUUAAAUAAACUUACCAACGCAAAUAAGAAAUACCGAUUUGUUUUCAGAUUGAAAUGUCCAUACUGCCCGGUAGAACAAAAUCCAGAAGACGCUAGGCUCAUAUAUUUCUAGGAUGUUACGAUACGAACGCAUAAGAACACGAUAUUUUUCAAUCUCUUCGAAGACGUCAAUGCUCGAAUCGGAUCGAACGCACGCUUACGUCGAAUAUCAUAUUUUGUAAAUUCUCACGAUUAUCGUAAACGUUCAUUUUGCUUGUCAGACUGAUUUUUGAUCGUCGUGUCGUUCACGCGUUAAAAUUGUAUGCUGGCACGUUCUACCGUCCGAAAACGAGGAAACCGUUGCUCGGAUGUUUCGACGUCUAACGAUAAGAGGAUACGCAAACGUAAUUACGUAAGAACCGAAGCAUGUUAAUUCAGCUGUAAUUGUUUGAGAUUUAAAUAUAUAAGUUCGUGUAUGUAUAUAUAUACAUAUAUAUACAUACAUACAUACAUACAUACAUAUAUUUAUCACGUAAGUCACGUAACUGCAAAUAGGAUGCAUAACAGCGAUAGAGUUAAGUAAGAAAUUUUUGUAUAUAUCGUUAUUAAAUGUUAAUUAUCAUUAGAAUUGUUCGUAUCGGUAACCAUUAACGACGAUGCGUGAUUCAUGAUCAUUCGUACCGGCAGUGCUAAUCGAUGCAAUUGUACCGGUGCUGUUCCGCUCGUAAAACGCAAUAUAUUGUAACGUUCGUUCACGGAAGAUUUUCAUGAAAUCGUUCAUCGAUACGUGCCCUAUAAAAAUAUUUUUCUACCCUGAAUAUUUAGCGAAUAAAUAAAAUAAAUAUUGUACAAUACAA